CUCUGCGCCCCUCGCAAUUACCUGUUCCACCAGAACUGAUGUGAGCGCGAGUUUGCGAGCACAUGCAACGUUUGGAGAGGAGCCAAAUCUGAACUGAACUACUGUCUGUACACUACCAACAACAGGAGCCCGAGAGGACCAUUUUAAUUGAAGCCACCUUCAAAUAUCAACUCAGCCAAGUGUUUUAACAAACCUCUGAAGCAAGCAGCCGACUGAGGAUCUGAAAGAGCCGCAAGGAUGCACUUGUUGUCCGCCAGCUGUGUGUGUGCCCUCGUCAUCUCCGUGCUUCUCCGCCAAGUCAGCGGUUUGGUGACGGUUAUCGGCCUGUAUGGGGAAACACUGGAAAUCCCGUGCAACUAUGGAGCAGUGAAUGCAGAGGAGGACGUCAUGAUCACUAAAUGGAAAUAUGACAAAGGAGAGGGUCUUUCAGGAGACCUGCUGGUCAAGCGGAAAGACCACAAUGUCUCCAUCAUGACCACUGAUGAAUACAAGGGCCGUGUUAGCAUGGCUGCAAAAUCCAGCCUGCUUCUGUCUGCCGCCAAGCUGAGUGACCAACGCACUUUCACCUGCAUGGUGGUGGCUGGUGUGGACAUCACAGAAUAUCCAGUUAAUGUGGUGAUUCAGAAGACGCCGGAAGGCCUGGAGAUUUCUGACAAAGCGGAGGAACUAGAAAUUGGCAAACUUACAAAGCUCGCAAAGUGUGUUGCCAAGGACUCCAAUCCAGCGGUAGAAAUCACAUGGCUGAAAAACAACACAACUCUGAAAGCUGAUGGAAAAGGGAUUUCCAUCCAGGCCUCGGUGCUGGUGAACGAUGUGACUGGCCUUUCGACCACCUCCUCCGUACUUGAGUACUCUGCACAGAAGGAAGACACGGACGCUGUGUUCACCUGCAGCACCAAGAACACUCUGGCCGCAGGGAUCGUGUCCUCUCCAGUAACCUUCAGUAUCACCUACUCCACAGAGAACCUCAUCCUUCAGGUCACUGGUCAGGACUCUCUGGUGGAAGGAGACAGUAUGACCCUGAAGUGUGUUGCUGAUGGAAACCCAGCUCCAACCGCUUUUAACUUCCACCUUAAGGGAGAGAUGGUGAAAGUGGAAAACGCUGAUUCUUACACCAUCACUGAUGUCUCUCGCAACACCACUGGUGAAUACAAAUGCUCACUCGUUGAUGACCCAACAAUGGAAGCAUCCAAGGCAAUCACAGUGAACUACCUAGACAUCAACUUAAUCCCCUCUGGAAAUAUCGUCAAGAGUGCCGGUGAAGCAUUGCAUCCAAAUCUCAAGAUUGAUUCCUCCGGAGACACAAAGGUCUCCUGGACAAAGGACAAUGUUAAAUUGGACAAAGAGCCCAAGUUUGCCAAGCUAACGUUUGCUGAUUCUGGCCACUAUGAGUGUGAGGUGACGCUUGGGCUCCUCAACCAAAAAGCCUCUCUUGAGCUGACUGUUGAAGAUGUAUCUGAAGGGUUACGUCCUGUUGCAGGUGUUCCGGUGAUCACAGAGCUGACCAAAAAGCGUGGCGAAGACGGCACACAUGAAGAACUGAUUUGUAAGGCUGAAGGUUCUCCAAAGCCAGCUAUUUCCUGGAGCAUCAACGGCACCCUGAUUGAUGAGAGUCCCUUUGUCAAUGGAAAGAUAACACAAAAGAUCAGAGUGGUGCCUACUGAGAAUCUGACUGUCUCUUGUACGGUGUCCAAUGAACUUGGCGUGGCUACCAAAACUAUAAAUGUGUCAUCCAUAAUUGAGGAGGUGAGAAUGGAUAAAAAAGCUCAAACAGAUGAGAAUGACCAAACCAAGUUGGUGGUUGGAGUUGUUGUCGCCCUCAUCGUCGCCACUCUAGUUUUAGGCCUGGCCUACUUGGUCUACGUGAAGAAAUUCAAGCAAGGAAGCUGGAAGACUGGGGAAAAGGAGAACGGCUCUUCUGAGGAGGAGAAAAAACUGGAGGAGAAAGUGGAGGAGAACAGCCAAAAAGCUGAGGUGUAAAAGAAAUGGCAACCAUCCUGUGGGAAUGUGAAAGUGAGAACAUGGAACUUUUGCACAUUCCUCAUCACCUCCUUAUUUGGGGGGGAAAAAAACAACGACUGUACAUUGGGAUGAAAACAAUUUGGAUUUGGUAUCAGGGAGCAUUUGACAAAAAUUACAUAUCCAACCCCCCUCACCCCCCCCCCACCCCCUCAAUCCACCUGAGCUCCUCACCCCUCCUAUCCUAAAAAAAAGAUGAAUGGAUACUGUAUGUGAUAUACAUAACUUGUCUGCACUACUGAUACAUGUGUAAACUUGUCUACUCUUAGGAUUCAUGUUUGUUAGAAUGGAAUUUGGGGAAAAAUAAGUUUGGGUUUUGUUAGUUGAUGCAAGUAGAAUAACUACUAGCCCAGUUGCCUUUGCUGUAAGGAUGUGUAGGCCUGAAUUAGUCUGACUCUUUGGCCCUUGGAGACAUAGCAGGGACAGAGGGACACCAUUGCUUCUUAGCUGCACGCCAUCACAGUCAAAAGCCCUCUGCCUUCAACAUCACUGUAGUAUAUCUGUUUAUUUGUGCAUUGAUUUCAGUUUGUUCAUUCAGGUAUAAAAAAAAUGUUGAAAUAGAGAUGAAAUUCCUGAAAGGGCUUUGGGUAUAUUAUACUCUGCAUUAGUUAUAGAUGGUAAUAUGAUUUACAUGUUGCAGGACGUAAGCGAUGUGCCACAGGGUUCUUUGGCAUCACCUGAUUUGUUGGUUUUGGUUUUUGAAUGUGUGCAAAGUAACCAGGGGAGAAACAAACAAAACUCAGCUCAUUUCUGCCUGUUUCUUUUUUCAAAAGGACUGUACAUUCAACAUAACCACUGUAUACCACAAACGGGUAGAUUAUUGACAGAAUGUAUAGCAUAACUCGCCUCAUAUAACUGGCUAUCAUUUGGCUGUACAGAUUGUUUUACAUAAAGCCAUUGUUUGUUUUCAUGCAAGAAGAAGUCCUUGAGCCUGUAGCAGGGAAAGGAUGUUUUAGGCAGAAGGCUGUAAGUGGAUUAAUAUGUGUGUGCUUCACCAGUGUUGAAGUAUGAUUGUAGCUCUGGGAUCAUUUGUAAGGGAGCACACAAAGAAGACAAGGUGUUUGUGUCAAAGUAGCCGCCAUUAUAUGUUUGCCUUCUUUUGAAAAUCUACCUGUAACUGCUUCAGUUUGUCAUGUGCACUCGGGUUCAUAUUUUCAUGUCAGAAAUGUCAGAAAUAGAAUACAAUGGAAUAUGCGCAGCUGUACAUGUCACAAAAUUGGUCCCUUCAGGAGCAUUUACUAAAUUUGAAACUGUAUCAAACCCAGGAUGUAAUUGUGAAGUAUGUGAAUUUAUUUUCUUUUUGCUAUUUAUAUUGUACAAGAUGACAUUUCCUGGUAGGCAAAUUCAAUAAUUGUCACAUAAUUCAUAACUUGGAUUGAAACCGUUGUUAAGUUGCUUGCAGGCUUUACAAACAUGUAAUUAAGUUGUGAGUCGUCAGUAGGUUGCCCAAGGUCUGCUUGAAUAAUAGAUUCAGCAUGUGAUCAUCUCAGACCUCCAAUUAGCUGUUUGUUGCCUACCAUGUGUACAACCAUCAAAUUGGAAGAAUGACCAAAGAAAGUGAACAUUGCCAUGCAAGUAUUGUAAAUACCUGAUGUUUGUUUUUGUACUUUUGUUUAAAAUAAAGUGUACAUUUGAAAAAAU